GCAGAAACCAUGGACAUAGAUGCAGAAAGAGAGAAAAUAACAAAGGAGAUCAAGGAGCUGGAAAGGAUUUUGGAUCCCAGUUCUUCCAGCAUCCACUUGGAAGUCUCUGAAUCAAGUCUCGAUUCCUCAGGCUCUGAAGCAGAUUCGCUGCCCAAUGAAGACUCAGACACCACUGGUGCUCCAGUCUUGGAAGGGGAAAGGUGGGGUGAGGCCAGCAAUGAUGAAGAGGACCACAAGGAUAAAACACUCCCUGAAGACCCUGAGACUUGUCUGCAGCUCAAUAUGGUCUACCAAGAGGUCAUCCGUGAGAAGCUGGCAGAGGUCAGCCAGUUGCUGGCCCAGAACCGGGAGCAGCAGGAGGAAAUUCUAUGGGAUUUGGCUGGGUCCAAAGGCCUCAAGAUGAAGGAAGGCAGAAGCCUGCCUCCCAACAUGUACAUAGGCCACUUCAUGAAGCCGUACUUCAAGGACAAGGUCACUGGAGUGGGUCCCCCUGCCAAUGAAGACACUCGAGAGAAGGCUGCCCAAGGAAUCAAGGCCUUCGAGGCGCUCCUGGUGACCAAGUGGAAGCACUGGGAGAAAGCCCUGCUCCGGAAGUCUGUGGUGAGCGACCGCCUGCAGCGUCUGCUCCAGCCCAAGUUGCUAAAGCUUGAGUAUUUACGCCAGAAGCAGAGCCGUGUGUCCAGUGAGCCAGAGAGGCAGGCCCUGGAGAAGCAAGUCAGGGAAGCAGAGAAGGAGAUCCAGGAUAUCAACCAGCUUCCGGAAGAAGCCUUGCUGGGGAACAGGCUGGACAGCCAUGACUGGGAGAAGAUUUCCAAUGUCAAUUUUGAAGGAGGCCGCAGUGCAGAGGAGAUUCAGAAGUUCUGGCAGAGCUCUGAGCACCCAAGCAUCAACAAGCAGGAUUGGAGCACAGAGGAGGCAGAUCGGCUGAGGGCCAUCGCAGCCAAGCAUGGCCACCUGGAAUGGCAGCAAGUUGCAGAGGAGCUAGGGACCGGCCGCAGUGCCUUCCAGUGCCUGCAGAAAUUCCAGCAGCACAACACAGCACUGAAGCGCAAGGAGUGGACAGAGGAGGAGGACCACAUGCUCACCCAGCUGGUCCAGGAGAUGCGUGUCGGGGACCACAUCCCAUACCGCAGAAUUGUCUACUACAUGGAAGGGAGAGACUCGAUGCAGCUGAUCUACCGAUGGACCAAGAGCUUGGAUCCUAGCCUGAAAAAGGGGUUCUGGACCCCCGAGGAAGACGCUAAGCUGCUUCAGGCUGUUGCCAAGUACGGGGAGCAGGACUGGUUUAAAAUCAGAGAAGAGGUGCCAGGCAGGAGUGAUGCCCAGUGCCGGGACCGCUAUCUCAGAAGAUUACAUUUCAGCUUGAAGAAGGGACGAUGGAAUGCAAAAGAAGAGGAGCAGUUAAUUGAAUUAAUAGAAAAAUAUGGUGUUGGUCACUGGGCAAAAAUUGCUUCUGAACUACCUCAUCGGUCAGGUUCCCAGUGUCUGAGCAAGUGGAAAAUCAUGGUUGGGAGGAAUCAGAGCCUCCCUAGACGGCGGCGGCGGAGGCCACGCCGCAGGGUCCACUGGAGCUCCAGUAGCAGCAGUGACAGCGGCAGUGAGGACAGUGCUGAUGCCAGCAGCAGCAGCAGCAGCAGCAGCAGCAGCAGCAGCAGUGAGAGCUCAGAGGCGGAACUGGAAGAGCCUCAGGGGCAAGCCAGAGUGCUGCUGCCCCCACAGUACACAGUACCAGACCUGGACCUGUGGGUUCCUGCCAGGCAAAGUGCUAGCCAGCCACAGAAAGGAGGUGCCUCCUCUUCCCUCCCCAAGGGCUCUGAUGCUGCCCCAAGUCGCCCCAAGGAAGUUCCCACCUCUGCUCCUGGAGGGAAGCCGCCUUCCAGGAUACAAGGCACCAUCCCAAGAGGGGUCCAGUACCCACACCCACCAGACACUCACCCAGUGAACGUGGAGGAGCCAGCCUUCGAGAAGGAAAGACAGAGGCAGCCAGUGUUGCCUGACUCACCCCCCGGGCCUGGCCCUGGAGACGGCGUGACUGGGCCCCACCUGAAGAGGCUGUGGCGGCAGCGCCAGAGACAUACUUUACGCCAGAGACUCCUGGAUCGCAAGCUUCUGCUGGCCGUGACGCCCUGGGUGGGUGACGUCACCCUGCCCUGCACACAGGCUUCCCGGAGGCCGGGGGCAGUGCAGACUCACGCUGACCGCGUCAGGAUGAAGCUGGAGCAUGCACACCUAGCCAGCACUCCAGUGUUCACGCUGUUCAUCCAGCUGCUACAGAUAGACACUGCAGGCUGUAUGGAGGUUGUUCGAGAGAGGAAGGCCCGGCCGCUCACAGCACUCCAGCCUGGUGCUCAAGCACCACUGUCACGUCUUCUACAGGAGUCCGCCAGUGUCCAGAGCACCCCAGGCCGCCCCUUCCCGAAUGCGCCACCUCAGGGCACUGCCCAGAACACCAGCCAUGUAGGGUACAGAGGGCUGGGAUCCUGCCACACUGAGUCUGCCUCAUCCCAGGUGCCUGCGCCUGCCCCCUGUGGCCCCCGGCCCAAGCCCAAGACAGUGUCUGAGCUGCUGCGAGAGAAGCGGCUCCGGGAGUCCCGUGCCAAGAAGGCCGCCCAGGCCCCCGUGGCUCUCCAGCCCCAGCUCUUGGUCUCCUCACCUGUGGUCCUGCAGCCCUCUCUGCCCCCAGCCUCCCAGGGCCUCCCAGCCCCCUGCCUUACCAUUACCAACCCCACGCUGUCAGGGCCCGGGAGCCCUGUGCUGGCCAGUGCAAGCCCUUCGGGCUCCUGGCAGGAGGCUGGGGCUUCAGCCAAGGAUGAGCGGCCUGCUGGCCUACAAGCUGUGACCCUCACCCCUGUCCUCCCAGGAGCCCAGGGUACAGCCUCUUCUGCCUGCAGCCUCCCUGCUCUGGGCCUCAGUCAGGGCCCUGUGAGCUGUCCUCCAAGCAGUCUGGGGCAGCCUCAGGCCCCUGCCACAUCCCAGGAGCAGAGCCUGCCCAGAGUCCUGCCCCUUUUCCCCACCACCCCUAGCCCUGCUCAGCUGCCUCUUCAGCCCCUCAGCCUGCCACCCCAAGGGGGGUCUCCCCUAGCCAGCCUGCCCCUGCCAGUCACCUGGGUGCUCACAGCACAGGGGCUGCUCCCUGUGCCCGUGCAAGCCAUGGUGGGCGUGUCCGGGCAGGUGGCCACUCCCGACCCUGCAGGGCUGCCAGCAACCCUGCCACCUCCCCCUGCUGAGACCCCUUGCCUGUCCCCAGCCAGUGCAGACCCGGAGCCCGUCCCUUCCUCCAUGACACUGCCCCCCUCACGCCUCCUGUCCCGAAGCUCAGCUGAAGACAGUGAGCCCCAGUGUGCCCCGGCAGAGGCCCAGGCCAGCCAUACAGAAGCAGAACCCCCCAGACUGAACCAGCUGCCUACCCACAGUGCCCCUGGCUGCAGGGGUGAUGCAGUGGGGCUACCAGGGAACUCCUCGGGGUCACUGAGCCUGGAGAGGCCUGAGAAGGGCGCAUGGGACCUGGGCCUGCUCUCCCAAGAGAAUGAGGCUGCCCUGAGGAAGUGGCUGAAGGGGCAGCAAGGUGCCCAUGUGCCCCGGCUAGAGAGCAGGCUGCCCUACCAGCCCCCUGCCCUGUGCAACUUGCGGGUGCUGUCCAGCCUCCUGCUCCAUAAGAAGGCCUUGGAGCAGAAGGCCGCCUCUCUGCUGGCGGGAACCGAGCCGGAGGCUGGGGCCACCCAGUCCUCACUGGGCCUGGUGCGGAGGCGGCUCCGGGACAACCCGGCCUACCUCCUGUUGAAGACACGGUUCCUGGCAGCCUUCGCGCUCCCUGCAUUCCUGGCCACUCUGCCUCCCUGUGGUGUCCCCACCACCCUGUCACUGGCCCCAAGGGUGGACACGGAGAGUGAAGACGACCUGGGGGAGCUGGAUUGCAAGGACAUGUCCAGUGUAGUGCAGGUGGGCCCGGUGGCCGUGAGCCCCACCCAGAGGUCCCCACACCCCAGCAAGGCCUCAGCCCCUUCCCAGCUGGACACUUCUGAUGACCUUCGUGUGCUCAGGACCCGUCAUGCCCAGCACGCCCGGAAGCGGAGGCGGCUGCCAUGAGCAGUAGGACAAGGACUCUUACGGCCCAGAAGCACAGGCCCCAUGCCUACCUGGGAGCCCAUCACAGGCCGCAGGAAGAAGCAGCUGAAGCCUGGGAAGCUGACAGCCUGCAGACAGGCCUAAGAGGGAACGAGACCACAGUGACCAGCAGACACAGCUGGCCUGGUCCCUGCGUGCAAGUCCACAUAUUGGAAGA